GCUCAUAGCAACUGCACCACGCGAAUGAGGAUCAGAAAUGCAAAACUUGGCAGAGUAGAAACUGUCAACAAGCCAUCGCAGGAAAAGGAUCAAAUAAGCAAAAAAUUAUGAAAUCGAUCCCCCGCCUCAAAAAUCGAUCACAGCGCGCUGAAUCCAGAAUGAGUUGAUGCCCGGACUGUAAUCCUUGGCUUUGCCAAAAGAGAGAAAGCGCGUUCCAGAAUUAAGUAUUGCAGCAGUUGUAACUACGAGCAGGCGUGAUCUGCCAUCAUGCUCUUUUUCCUCACCAGUCUUGAAAAGCCUCAUUAAAAUCCUCAGGACAGAAAAGGCAAGCUCAACAUUUUCCGGAGUUGCAGACAGAUGAGUGGCGUUCUGUAGUGGCGUAACUAAUAAGACAUAAGUACUAGAGGACCGGAACCUGCUAGUAAGUUAGUACUUACGUACCGACUGACGUAAGUUGUAUUAAGCUGUAAUUUGCUUGAAUCGCGACCUAGACUUAGAUACGUUUUCGGCAUACCUGUCUCACAGGAAAAAAAAGCGAAAAUGAUCAUUCCAAUCCGGUGUUACACCUGCGGCAAGGUGACGGGAAACCUGUGGGAGAAGUACCUGCAGCACCUGCAAGAGGGUCUUUCAGAGAAAGAUGCCCUGGACGCCUGCGGAUGCAACCGCUACUGCUGCAGACGUACUUUACCGAAUUAUGUUGAAAAACGCAUUUAAUGUUGCUAUUUCCCUGCAUGUAGAAAUCGGUGGGCACGACCACAGUUGGGCUUCAUGUUGAAUAUCAAUAUGCCUUUAUUUCCAAGGAGAUGAACGACUGGAGUGGUUAAACAAAAUCAACGACCAUGAUAAUUUGCAAUGCACAGCACUAUGUUUAUAUAGUUUUGGAUAUCUUCGCCAUGAUGGUGAUGUUUUCAUUGGACCAAAAAAAAUGCACACACAACAACAGGUAUCCUGCUGACGCACGUAGAUCUGAUCGAAAAGCUGCUGAACUACAACAUUCACGAGGUGCGCGGCGAGCAGCAACAAAUUCCCAAUCAGUGAAGACAAAACGCCUCUGGAGCAGGCGUCCAAGAGAAACACUGGCAGGAGCGCCGAGGGGACACGACCAGGUCGUGCAAAAUAUUUGUGGAGAUCCUCCCGACCACGCAGAAGCACGACCUGUACUGUCUGGUCGGGGGCAUGGUCGUUGGAACUACGUAACAAGAAGAUGUUCUGUAGUAAUCCAGAUCCAUGACCAGGACGAGCACAAAUGCCUCGCCGACUGUAUCAGAGCUGCCAAGUUGUAGAAAAAAAACAACCUCCACACACUAUGCACAUUUAACGACACGCGCACGACGGGGAACAUCGAAUAAAAACGCGGAAUUUUUUCUUUCCGUGCACGACGACCGGAUUUUUUGAAAGAGACGGAGCUCUUGGUCAAGAAACAGCACAUGAGGGAUAGUUUUCCUGAGACUCUGACGUUUUACUUGGCGCUUCCAUGAUGUUGGAAAGUGCUUUGAUUUCCACUGCGCCGCAGCACAUAAAAACAUGAAGUGAUGAAAAAAACAAAAGCAUGGUGGUUCUCAGACGGUAGCAGCUUGCCAGUGUUGAGGCAAGAUGGGAA